UCACUCACACACAGAGAAAGACAGAGGCAGAAGUUCAGCGGAGAAAUUCAUUCAUCUCCAUCUCAACGAAAGAACCCUAUUGAUAACGUCUAGUGAUUUCAUUCGAUCCACCGAUCCGGGGUCCCGAAAGACCCACUGGUGUGCGUUUGUUUUGAUUUUGAAUUGAGAGCCCCCGGAAACGCGGGUGUUUCGGCCCCAGAACCACAAAUAUGUGAGUUUCGAAAGGGUUUUCGUGUGACGCGGCCAUAUUUGAAGAGUUUUGUGUGUUGGAUGUGGGGCGAGCGGCGAGAAUUACAUAAAUACAGCGCAGCCACCCCCUAGUAGGACACACAGUAAUGGAUCGCAAGAAGGUCCUGGAGCUGGACAAGAUCUGCCGCCUGUGCAUCUCGGAGCGCAAGGAGAUGCGCCCGCUGUUCAGCGAAAAGGUGCCAGAAAUGCUGAUGGACUGCACCAGCGUGCGGGUGGAGCCCACGGAGGGCUGGCCGGACAAGAUCUGCGUGCAGUGCGUCCACGCGGUGAGCCGGAAUCACGCCUUCAAGACGCUCGUCGAGCGCAGCGACAAGGAGCUGCGCGAAUACAUUCGCGGCCUCACCGUCGCCUUGGUCAUGGAGGAGCAGCAGCAGCAGGCGGCGGCGAGUGCCAAGCAGCAGCUGCAGCUGGAGCGCAAGCAGCAGCGGAUGCUGCAGAAGCAGCAGAAGAUCAUCGACGAGCAGGUGCAGAUGGCCUUCCAGCAGCAACAGACUCCGAGCAAACCCAAGCUGAAGCCGCUGCUGAGGAAGGGCUCCUCCCGCCAGCAGAAGCAGCGGCAUCUGGAGGCUGCUCCUGCUCCUGCUCCCGCUCCUGCACAGCCCGCCCCCCAGCCACAGAUGCAAUUGCUGCAGGAACCUGCUCCGUUGCAGCAGCAGAUCCAGCAGAUUCAGCUGCCCACCCUGCAGCCUGCUCCCGCCCAGCUACUGUCCACUGCCGGCGCCACCACAUCGAUACCGCAGCAGAUCCUGCUGCCCAACGGCCAGCUCAUCACGACGGCCCAGAUUGUGGCGCCCCAGAUGGCGCAGAUCAUCAGCACAACGGCGCAGGGAACGGUUAAUGGCCAGGCCACCGCUCAGCAAUCGCAAUUCCUGCCGCAACUCCUGCAGACGCCCAAUGGGCAGACCCUCCAGAUUGUCCAGCAACCGAAUGGCACGCAGACCCUGCAGCUCGUGCAAUUGGUUCCCCAGCGCAGCAUGGCGCCCACGGGAGUGACAACGGUGACCACCACUACAAAUGCCACGGAUAUGGGCCAUCAUCAUGUGGGCCAAUCACUGGGCGAUGCCGACGUUCAGCUGCUGGAGGAUGGCUGCGAUGUGGAGGACGAGGAGCUGGAGGAUGUGUACGAGCAGCUGGACGGCAAGGGAGACCACAGCUUCGAGACAAUAGUCCUGGACGACGACCAGCAGCAGGACUUCCUGAAGGACCACCACGAGCAUCAUCACCAGGUGAUGAUCAACGAGGAUCUGACGCAGAGCGAAAGUCAGGAGCACGAGUACUUUGACGAUCUGGACCAACAGCAGCAGGCGAUGGAUGAGGUGGAGGACGAGGAGGACGAGCAGCUGAAGCACGAGGAGGAGCAGGACACGUUCAUCAUCGAGGAGAUUCAGCUGGAGGACGACGAGAUGCUGGAGGAUCCCGAGGCGGAGGAGAUUGACCAGGACUGUGAGUACAUCACGGACGAUCAGGAUCCGCAUCUCUCCGGCGACGUGGACGACGACCUGCAGUACGCAAUAAUGGAGCCACCGGAUGGGGAAACAAGUGUGGACAUAGAUCAAGCCUUCCUCGAGUCGGAUCAUCAUCAGCAGCAGCAGGAGGAGUUGCCGAGCAUUUCUCUGGAGAACGCGGUGGUUGAGUUCAGUCAGGCCAACUCCGAUGCUUUGGUGGCUCCCACUCUAAACGUGAGUUCUCCGAGUCCCACGGCCAAGCGGGCCAAGCGAGGCCACCAAGUUGGCGUGACCCUGGAGCCCUGCGAUCACCAGCCAAUCGCCGCUGGACCGGCGAUCAGCAGCAAACUGGCGGCGGCCAAUUCCCGCCAGCUGGUGCAGACGGCCAGCGUGAUUGCGGCCGCGGGAGCAGACGACAACUACGAGAUAGACGCUAAUCUGGUCACCGAGUUCAUACGCCAGCACACCUCGCCGCUGGGAUCGGGCCGCUAUAUCUGCCACCUAUGCAGCACCGAGUUCCGGCAGUUCAAGGGCCUGCAGAACCACAUGCACUCGCACACCAACUGGAUACGGGCCAAUUGCAAGAAGCAGCCGCAGUGCGAGAUCUGUUUGAAGAGCUUCAAGGGCCCAGGGAUGCUGAGGAUGCACAUGAAAACCCACGACGCCGAGUCCAGCACACCAGUGUGCACCAUCUGCAAUAGGACGUUCAAAUCCAAGGCGAUUUUAUACCGUCACCGGCAGACGCAUCAGCAGAGAGCCUACUGCUGUGGGGUGAACAACUGCCGAAAGAACUUCUCGUCGGCGGUCAACCUCAAGUGGCAUGUGGAGCGCAAGCAUCCGGAGGUUGUGGAGCCGCUCUUCAAGUGCGGCGAGUGUGGAUCCCUGUACGACAGCGUGGACUCGCUGCAGUUGCAUGUGGAGAGCACCGAUCACUCGGCGGAUGUGCAGAUGAGCAACCAGGACGAUGGCUUCAGCGGGGCAGUGAGCAUCGUUAGCGACGGCACCACCACCACCACCACCGACAUGUCCAGCAUAAUGGCCACGGGCCAAAGUGCCACCUUGGCGGGCACAGCGGGCGACACCCACGCCGUCGUCGUGGGCUCCUCCGGCGAGGUGUACUUCGUGACGCAGGCGUAGCCAGCGGAGUUUGCCGCAGCAGCCGCAGCCGCCGUUUCUGGGAACGGCGAGUGCCUGCUCGGCAUCUAGAUGACCACUUAGAUGUAACAUAUAUACAUAUAUUUUUGUACUACCCCCGUCUAGAUAACACUUAGCAAUUAGCAAACACAAAUAUUGCAAUCCUAGAUUUCUGUCGUAGAACUUGUUUAGUAGAACCUAAGAGCGAUUCACUCGAAUUUUGUAAGCAAAUACGAAACAUUAGGUAGGCAUCAUCGGGGAUCGGAACAGAAUACAUAAAUCCUGCGGGGACUGUGCCAGUUUUUGUUUUUAAUUUUAUUACCAUUACCUUACCAUUAUUAUUUUGUUUUCUCCCGGGGAAUAUCAGACUGGCAUUUUAGGCUAAACGUAUUUUGGCGUUGGGUUUUCAUUGUUGGGCUUGAAACGUAAAUAAGUAAAAAAUUGUUUUAACUGCAACAGAAUAAAUUAACAAACCUUCUAAAAAAAA